CAAAGCAUUAAGUAAAAAGCCCUUCGUUCCUUACUGAAAUUGUUUUGACUCCAAUCCUGCAAGAAAUUAUAAGUUAGAGCAGCUUGGUGAAGGUAUGAGCAUUUGCUUUAAAGAGGAUGUGUCCAGUCCUUCAAAACCUAUGUAGCAGACUGGUGACAAAUUUGAAAUUUACGAUCACAUCUCACAUUGAAAUGUAGAUUUCUGACUUCACUCAGAUUUGCUUUGGGUUGGCUGAAACACAGACUCCAAUAUUACUGCCAAAGAAGCUACAGGUGGGUUUUCUGCUGUUGGGUGUGUGACUUAAAACUUCCUCCUGUUACAUGAGUGGCUUCAAGCCCUGCUUUUGGAGUUGCAUGCAACCUGCAGGAGUUGGUUGCUUGAACAGUUGUAGGCAAAAAUCUGCUCUGAAGUUUCAGAUAUUGUUUGGCCUUUGGCCUGUCUCAGUAACUGGGCAAAUAUGGGUUAAAGUGUUAUCUAGAGGAUGCGUUUUGCUGUUUUACUUCCCAUUUAAAGUGCAGUGUCAUGGUGAAGCCUGAUUGCCUGCUCUGCUCCUAGUAAGUUCCUUUAAAAAGCAGAUAAGUUUCUAAGGUACAGCUCAAAAUUCCUUUUUCAUGCUUCUAUGAGUUUAGGAACUUGCAAGACAGUAAAAGAGUCUUAAGAAAUAUUUAGGGGGCAGCUGAAAGGGAAGAGGCUGUAGACCAGACCUUGGUAAAUGACCAGCCAGGCUGGUGCCUUUUCUGGAAUGCCAGCUAAUGUUUCUGGCACUUCAACAAGGAUGUUGGUGUUUCGUUUAUCAGUGAUGAUCAAGCUUUUCUUCCAGUUGGAUGCAUCUCUUUGUCCUGAGAAGUGUGACUGCUCUUCAAAAAAUGCAGUUUAUUGCUCUGGCCCCCACAUAAAAGACCUGGAAUUGUUAAAUCUGCCUUGCAACAUGACAGAAAUUCACAUAACAAAUGGUAACAUAUCGUACUUGCAGGAUGUUUUUGCUAGGAUGGUGGAACUGCAGCAUCUCAUCCUGUCUUCAAACAACAUUGCUCUGGUUUCACCUAUGGCUUUUAAAGGCUUGGGAAGGCUAAAAGUCCUCAAACUGCUAGGUAAUAAGCUGGUUGAACUUCCCCCAGGAGCAUUUGAUGACAUGGUGCAGCUUCAGCAAUUGAUCAUUGAAAGUAACAGGUUGACAUCUAUCGAGGAAAAUCUCUUUGACAAACUGGCUAGUUUGCAGGAGCUCUACUUGAACAAAAACCAACUAACAGCACUUCCCAGUGGUGUGAUGAAGAAACUCACCAAACUCAGAGUACUGAACUUGUCAAGAAAUUACUUAGCAGCACUGCCUGGAAGUAUAUUUAGUGCAUUAGCCAGGCUUGAGAGGCUGAUGCUGUACAUUAAUAGACUGUCUUCAAUAGAAUCUGGUGUGUUUGAUAGCCUGAAGGAGCUGCAGGAUCUUUUCCUGCAUUCCAAUAAUAUCCAUUCCAUUGCUCCUGAUGCAUUUCAUUGCCUUCGUAAACUAAGAACUCUGACACUCUCCAGAAACAGGCUUCAGACUUUGCCUUCUGGGCUUUUUUUGCACUUGCAUGACCUGUCUAAACUGACCUUGUACGGGAACCCACUGAAGUCUCUUCCAGAAGUAUUGUUUGGAGAGAUGAGGCAUCUUGGUAGCCUAUGGCUGUAUCACACAAAGCUCUCAACAAUACCAGAUUUUGUGUUCAGUAACUUGACAAAUUUAGAGCUUCUUGUGCUGAGUUUUAACCCAGAGCUUACAGUUCUUCCCAGGAAUGUAUUCAGUGGUCUGAAUGAACUGCGGGGCCUUUCUCUCCAUACAAGUAAUAUUUCCAGUUUGCCAGAGGGAAUCUUUCUUAGCCUUCACAAAUUGCAGAACAUUUCCCUCUUUGAUACAAGGCUUGAGGAUCUUCCUAGAAACCUCUUUCAUAAUCUCAAGCACCUCCAGAAAGUUUACCUGAAUAGUACUAACCUGCAGUCUCUUCCUGCAGACUUCUUUACUGCUUUACCUGAGCUGGAAGAAGUUGUCCUUGACAACAACCCUUGGAAAUGUGAUUGCCAAAUUCUUGGCUUUCGAGAAUGGCUCCAAAAGAGCACAACUAUAGUUAAAAAUGUGCCAUCUCUAAUGUGCCACAGCCCAAAGGCAAUGCAGAAUAUUUCUCUUGUGUCUCUAAGCAUCAAUGACCCAGACUGCCAACCAACCACAGCUAUGACCUAUCAGACAUUCAGCUCAACUUAUUCCCAGACUUCAACAUCUCCUGUGGUGGAGCGCUUCACAUCAUCUCAGGAGACUGCUGUAACAGUGCUGUCCCACAUGGAAAUGAUCAACACACCCACGUCAAUUCCUCCUGCUACACCAGGUUUUACCUACUCCCAUGUUGAAGAUGUUGGACAGCCCGGGUUACAUUUCUCUGAUAUUCCAGUCCAGACUUCUCCCAGCAUCGUAGCACGAACCAACAGUGUCAGAGGGACAGAUUUAACUACACUUGUCUGGUGGGAUGAGUUUCCAGCCCCAAGCAGUGCUAAAUACUAUUUUAAUACCAGGGUUCCUUAUUGCCUGCUAUUCUUGUGUGUUCACAGUUUGAUUUUAACACUCCAGACUGUAGUAAUUGUGCUCAGUCUGUAUGUGAUGGGUAACACCAGGCAACUCUUGCACUCCAGAAAUAUUCCUGCUCAGCCUGUAGUUCUGGUAAGAAUAUUAAGAAGAUAGAGAAGUCUAGUCCAAGAAAGAACUGGAAGUGUUGCUUAAGAUGCUUUUUGAACAUUUAAGCAGUUAAUAGUCGAUUCAGAUCUGGAUUACAAAUCUUGAUAGCAAAGACCAUAAAGACCUUGUCUUUAUAACAUAAUGGAAAUGAGUUUUAUGCACCUUGCAGCAUUUGCCAAGGGUGGCUAUAGGCACUGUAAAUUGCUACAGCGCUUGGUGCAUGAACCCAGAGGGCAAGAUGAAAGUAUCUGUGGUCACCUCUACAUGUGUGCUGUGAGGUUCCUGCCUUGGAGUGCAGCCCUGUCGCUGCCAGAGGCUGCUGCCUGCUGAGUGUUCAUGGCUCAGAUGGAGUGCUAUCAAUGUAGGAACUCUUACACAGAACAUGUUUCCAACUGUGCUUUAGAGAUCGCCCAAAGUACUCCAAUACUAUUAUGCCCUAUACUGCCUGCAAUCGUUUGUCUCCUUACUGAGAAAACAAAUGAUGUUUUUGGGAGGAGAUGCUGGGAAGGACCUUUAAACAGGGGAUGUGUGCAGAAUGGUGUGGUGCAAGUGUUUUCACUUUUGCAUUUCAUCCUCAGCCCCUUUUCAGGAUGUGGCAUGAGGAAGGGCUACCAAUUAAAGCUAACAACAGAGGAAAAUGAUGAGCUAAGAAGUAUAAUCUUGAUGUAUUUUAUUGUUUGCUUGGAGGUUAUCUGUAAGCCUUGUGAAGUUCCCACAACUCUGAAUUUUAAGUAAACACUUUCAUCCUUAAACUUUGGUCAGUGGUUUGAAAAAUCAAGGUGUUCCUGGCUGCAUGAUGCAGGGAAUCUUGAAACCAGAGUACCAGGUAUCCGGAUGCCCAGGACUGAGGAUGGGCUCCACAAGGAUGAAUUGGUUUGAGAGAGAGCUGAUCUUGACUGAGCUGGAAUAGAAAAGAAUGGUCUCUCCUGGCCUUGGCUAGCAAAACAGCAGCAUACAGCUGAGGGGCAGGGAGCCUGCCUGAACUGAGGGCCACGAAGUGUCACCGCCAUUUUCAAGUCGGCUGGGGAACAUACACAACUUGCAACUUGGAGUGUUCAGUUACAUUUUCAGUCUCACUGUUUUUUACCUUCUUACAUACUGCUAUUCCCUGACUUCCAGUACUUUCAAGGCAACAACUAGGCAAUAGUGUGGGUUUUGGUCUUAUACUAAUAUUUUAUUAAUAUUUUGAACUGUAUGAAUUUUUUAGUUCAUAAGUAGACUGGUGCCUGUCAGACUGCCUGUGCUUUAGUAGCUCUUGGAUUAACUAUCAACUUUUAUCUACAUGAUGUGACUUAGUUUGUUCUUAAAAGCUCUGAUGUGCUUAAAAACCUCUGUGUGUGGUUCCCUGGCUCCUUGGGCCAGAGAGCCUCUACUCCAGGAGUAAUUCUGUAACCUUAGUGACUUUCUCACUAUUUGGGACUUUUCUGGAUGGCCUUGAAAUGUGCAUGACAUACUUGAGAUGAAGAAAACUUGCACUUCCUGCAGGUUUAUGGUUGGUUCCCUGCAGUGUGUUACUCUAGGUAGUGAGAAUAAACUGUGACUGCUUUGUUUCAAGGUGCUCUGCUGCUGGGCCUAAAUUCCACUUCCAGGCUGUGAGAAGAGAGAAGAACUUCUUCAGUGUUGAAUGAUUGUUGUC